GAGAGGAGAGAGGCAUUCGUUUGGGAUUGUGGGAGAGAGAGAAAGAGACAGAGAGAAGAAGAGAAGGGAGGCAGAAAAGGACACCUCAUCAGGCGUGUAGUUUUGAAUCCCUUUCUAGCCUCUUCCUCCCCCUACCCCCCACCCCACCUCCGCGAUGUUACAAAGGCUGUGAGCUGCUCUCCUUUUCCCAUUCGCCUUCUGUCACUUCCUUCCUGGACGCUUUCAGGACGAGUCCGGUUACUUUUAAUCCGGCCAACAGCACGGCCACUUUCUCCUCCACGCUGCGCGCGCGCGCGCACACACACACACACACACACACACACACACAUGCACCCCACACACAUACACGCACCAGACAUCUUCUGGCUGCUAUUGGAUUGCCUUUGAAGGUUGUGUGUGUGGUUCACAAGGAGGCUGCAUGUUGAACCAGGUGGUGAACAUUUAAAGGCUGGAAGAAGUAAAGGGAUUUUUUUUUUCUUUUUCCUGAAAAAGGAAAAUAUCUCAAGGACUAGUCUGAUCAUCUAAAUGUGUGUGAUCAGGAACGGAUGCAGGGGACUGUGAACUAAGGAGUGCAAGUGCUGAAGGAGGAGAUUUGUUUUGAGGAAACAGGAAAGAGGAAGAAAAGAGAAGGGAAAAAUACAUAAUUUUAAGGAAGAAAGAGAGAAGAAAAACGGGGACUAUGGGGAGAAAAAAGAUUCAGAUUACGAGGAUUAUGGAUGAACGUAACAGACAGGUGACAUUUACGAAGAGGAAAUUUGGGUUAAUGAAGAAGGCUUAUGAGUUGAGUGUUCUAUGUGACUGUGAGAUUGCUCUAAUCAUCUUCAACAGCACCAACAAACUGUUCCAGUAUGCCAGUACUGAUAUGGACAAAGUGUUGUUGAAAUAUACAGAGUACAAUGAGCCACAUGAGAGUCGAACAAAUUCGGAUAUUGUUGAGGCAUUGAACAAGAAAGAAAACAAAGGUUGUGAAAGCCCCGAUCCUGACUCCUCUUACGCUCUCACCCCACGCACUGAAGAAAAAUACAAAAAAAUUAAUGAAGAAUUUGAUAAUAUGAUCAAGAGCCAUAAAAUACCUGCUGUUCCACCACCCAACUUUGAGAUGCCAGUUUCUAUCCCAGUGUCCAACCACAACAGUUUGGUAUACAGUAACCCAGUCAGCUCACUCGGUAACCCCAACCUUUUGCCACUGGCCCACCCUUCUCUGCAGAGAAAUAGCAUGUCUCCUGGUGUGACACAUCGGCCUCCAAGUGCAGGUAACACAGGUGGCCUGAUGGGUGGGGACCUCACAACCGGUGCAGGCACCAGUGCAGGGAAUGGGUAUGGAAACCCCCGAAACUCACCAGGUCUGCUGGUCUCACCUGGCAACUUGAACAAGAAUAUGCAAGCAAAAUCUCCUCCACCAAUGAACUUGGGAAUGAACAACCGUAAACCAGAUCUCCGAGUGCUUAUUCCACCAGGCAGCAAGAACACGAUGCCAUCAGUGUCUGAGGAUGUUGAUCUGCUUUUGAAUCAGAGGAUAAAUAACUCCCAGUCUGCUCAGUCAUUGGCUACUCCAGUGGUUUCCGUAGCAACUCCUACUUUACCAGGGCAAGGCAUGGGAGGAUACCCAUCAGCCAUUUCAACAACAUAUGGUACCGAAUACUCACUGAGUAGUGCAGACAUAUCAUCUCUCUCUGGGUUUAACACAGCCAGUGCUCUUCAUCUUGGUUCAGUAACCGGCUGGCAACAGCAGCAUCUACAUAACAUGCCACCAUCUGCCCUCAGCCAACUGGGAGCUUGCACUAGCACUCAUUUAUCUCAGAGUACAAAUCUCUCCCUGCCUUCUACUCAAAGCCUCAACAUCAAGUCAGAACCUGUUUCUCCUCCUAGAGACCGUACCACCACACCCUCGAGAUACCCACAGCAUACGCGCCACGAGGCGGGGAGAUCUCCUGUUGACAGCUUGAGCAGCUGUAGCAGUUCGUAUGAUGGAAGUGACCGAGAGGAUCAUCGGAACGAAUUCCACUCCCCCAUUGGACUCACCAGACCUUCGCCGGACGAAAGGGAAAGCCCGUCUGUCAAGCGCAUGCGGCUCUCUGAAGGAUGGGCAACAUGAUAACAUUAUUACCUAUUAGUUUUUUUCUUGCAGUGUGUGUGUGCUAUACCUUAAUGGGGGAGGGGGGUCGAUAUGCAUUAUAUGUGCUGUGUGUGGAAAAAAAAAGUCAGGUACUCUGUUUUGUAAAAGUACUUUUAAAUUGCCUCAGUGAUACAGUAUAAGGAUAAACAGAAAUGCUGAGAUAAGCUUAGCACUUGAGUUGUACAACAGAACACUUGUACAAAAUAGAUUUUAAGGCUAACUUCUUUUCACUGUUGUGCUCCCUUGCAAAAUGUAUGUUACAAUAGAUAGUGUCAUGUUGCAGGUUCAACGUUAUUUACAUGUAAAUAGAAAAAAGGAAACAUUUGCCAAAAGUGGCAGAUCUUUACUGAGAGAGAAAGCAGCUGUUAUGCAACAUAUAGAAAAUGUACAGAUGUUUUGACAGACCCAGCAAUGGGUGGCCAUGAAUAAAUGUUAGAAAGAGACUGGGUCACCUACCAUACCUAAAAUGCUCACAAACAUGCAGGCAUAUCAUUAGAGUAUGGCACUCAGAUAAAAGGAUCAAAGACAUUUAAAAGAGGACCAUACUUGUAAAAAUGUUGAGUUUGAGGGCUAACAUAAUUUAAUUUUUAAAAUUCUGGGUCUGCAUCACUUAUUAAAUAAAAAAUAUAAAAAUAUGUACAUUACAUUUUGCUUAUUUUCAUAUUAAAAGGUAAGACAGAGUUUGCAAAGCAUUUGUGGCUUUUUGUAGUUUCCUUAAGCCAAAAUGUGUUUUUUUCCUUGAUAGCUUCGCUAAUAUUUUAAACAGUCCUGAAGAAACAAACAAAGGGGACUUUUUGUAUAGAAAGCACUACCCUAAGCCAUGAAGAACUCCAUGCUUUGCUAACCAAGAUAACUGUUUUCUCUUUGCAGAAGUUUUGUUUUUGAAAUGUGUAUUUCUAAUUAUAUAAAAUAUUAAGAAUCUUUUAAAAAAAUCUGUGAAAUUAACAUGCUUGUGUAUAGCUUUCUAAUAUAUAUAAUAAUUAUGGUAAUAGCAGAAGUUUUUGUUAUCUUAAUAGUGGGGGAAUUAUAUUUGUGCAGUUGCACAUUUAAGUAACUAUUUUCUUUUGAUUUUCUUUUACUCUGCCUACAUUUUACAGAUUCACGGUCAAAAGACUGAUCUGUAAAAAGUUAGUAUUUACCCAUGAUGUAACAACUUAAAUCAUUUUAAUACAACAUUUUACAAUUGGUUGGGUGAACUGCAAUCCAUUGUAUAUACUGAUUAGUUCUUUCAUGCCAUUUUGUGCAUUGUAACAAGUUCAGGGCCCUUGUAUUAUGUUCUGCGUAUCUUGUAGUUUUCCACAGUUUAAAUGUCAAAGUGGCAUAACUUUGCCCUUCCUCAUAAAUUCAAUGAAGCUGGUAUUCUGCCUGUUAGAACUGGAUUGACAUCUCUUAAGACUAGCAAGUAUGUGAGUGCACGUGACUAUUUCCAGAAGUGAUGGAGAAAGUCAAAGUGAGAAGUUAGUGCAAACAGAUCAUUAAAGAGAUACUUCUUUCUUUCAUUGAUUCAAGAGUCUUAGAUUACAGUUGUCAAUAAAAAAAUGUUCAAAAAUAGUUUGAUCUUGCACAACCAAAAAUGGCCAACAGAUCAUCAGCAUUCUCAUGGAUUCACAUUAUCAUACAGAGGGAUUGUUGUUGAGCAAUGUCCCCUUCAUAUUACAGGGUUUCAUUUCAGCAUAGAGCGUGCACAUAUUUCCCUACCAUAUAUUAUUCUUCAACUCAAAUAGUUUAGCAAAAAAGAGCCUGCCAUUCAUUUUAAGUUCCCUUCUGUCCUUCCUGUCCCCUAGAAGUAAAUGGUGGAAAGUAGACUUUCCAGUUCAUCCCGCCUUUUGGGUGGGUGUCAAGCAGUUCCCCUUUAAAAUUUUAGUGCCAUAGUGAAAUUGGUAAUGUUUUAAUUUUGCCAAAAUUAGUGCUGUAUGCCAUAUAGGUGCAUUGACACUAUGUCAAAGGAUGUAGCUACAGCUUUUAUCUCAGUUUCAAAAUGGAAAGAUUAUGCUAAGGGAAAUGCACCUUCUGUUUCCCAUUAAUACAUGCAGUUGCUGCUCAUCAGGAGAGUCUACUCUGUGUAGUAGCAAACCGCGUGAAAUGCAUUGUGUAUUCUCAGUUGUACUCUUCCUUUAUCAUACCUUAAUAUUAAACCUAUAUACAAGUAUACAUCUGGCCACCCAGACAUAUUGCACAUACUUUGGAUAGUCUUUGAGCAGAAUACCAUGAUGGUAAUACAUCCAUUCUUUUGGAGCCAUCUGUGGGGUGAGAAAAAGAUACGCACACAUAAAAAAGCAAGAAUCUGGCCUGUAAUCAUUUUUAAAAACACAAAACUGUUUUUCAAAACCACUUUCCUCACCUUAAAAUGAACCUAUACUUAUAUUCUCAGCCUGAGAAUUUUGAACUUUGAUGUGUCUAAAAUAUGCAAAUAUAUCACAAAUGUACCUUGUCAUUUCAAAAAACUUAGGUUUAUCAGUAUUGUUAGUAGUAACUUGUCAUUGGGGUGGGGGAGUCAGAAUAUUGAAAUAUGAAGAAUAGCCAUAUUAAUAGUUUACCUGCAAUUUGCCUCAGCAACACAAGAAAAAGGAAAUUUGAAUUUCUAAGGGAGCAGUGGUGUAAUGUAUGUUACCGCAAGUAACUAAGCAGAAAGUAGUGUGAAAGGUUUUGCCUUGGCAAUUUCUAUUAAUUCUGACAGUGGUUUUAUACAAACACAAACAGAACAGAAUCACAUGCAAAUGGAUGCCAGUCAUCCCUCUUGUUCCUGCUACUGAGCGCAACUAAAAAAUAGUGGCAAGAUAGUGGGGGAUCAUGCAUAUUUGUAAACUGAUCUAAAUAAAAGAAGCACAACUUUGAUUGUGAAGUCACUUUCUGUAAACUAGUACUGUCUACUUUUAUCUGUUUCUUUAUCUGUAACUUACCAUUUAUUGUAUUUGCAAAGCUAAUUUGGGUUUAUUGUGUGAUUCCUUUGUAUUUAAGGAGUUUGGGGCAGAGCCCUGAAAGAAUAUUAACAUUUACUUUACAUUUACCUGUGCUAUGUAAUGUUUUGGGCAACAUUCUUAAUUGCAAGUUCAAAUACCUGAAGUGGCAUUUUAUAUAUAUAUGAGUAUUAUUACAGCUAAGCUUAUCCUUUUCUAAAAGGUAUUUUCAAUUAGACUGAUUGCUGGUGACAAUGAUAUGAUAUACACAAUCUGCACAAUUUGUAUAUUGUAUGCAUUGGUACCUUUCACAGUGGAGCUUUUAUUGUUUCAACGUUUUUCAGAAGUUGUGUUUUAUAACAAAAUGGCUUCUAUUUUUCCCAAAAGUGGAAUUUAGCAAUUUUUAAUGAAUAAUAUAAAAAAUAUCUGUUCUCAGAUCUUUUUCAGGUAAAGCUAAAGUAAGAAUAAAACAACUGAUAGACUGUUUUGAAGAAUGUCAAGCCUUUUGUAUUGUAUGUGUUAUCCUCUAUACCCAUCUUUUAACUAUAGUCCUACAAUGCUGUUUUGUUUUCUUUUUUCCUCUUCUUCUCUUAGAAAGUAAAUGCUUUGUAAUUUUUUUAAAAGCCACUUGAAACCUCAAUAAAGGCUGUUGCCUAAACAUGGCAUACUUCAUCUGUUCCUGUUUGUGCCAUCUGCUGUGAUGUUGUCAGUUAUAUGGCAUUAUUUUCCUGCCACUACAGGUCUCUUGAAGAACUGAUGGAACAUUAGUGUCUGUUAGAAUGCUUCAGACUGUAGAUGUAAUAAAAGUCUUUUGUUAACAUAUUUUAACCAAAGAUGUGGAGCAAUCCAAGCUUUGAGCCACAUAUCUUCUCCAUCAAAAUUAUUCAUUUGCAUACUUUCAUAAUCAGGUGUUGCAUUUUGCCUUCCCUGCUCAUACCUCAGACUGAUCCAUACCUCAGUUUGAUUCAAAGAGGUCAGUUCGACAACAAAUAAAAAAUGCAGUACCAGUGUCCUCUUGUGGAGUAACUAAUGUCAGACCUGGGCUACCUUAGGCAUUACACUUGGAUUGCUUCAGAUGGUUUGUUGUAUCCUUUUUUUUCCUGGGGAUUUGUUUCCAUUAAACGAUGGUAAUUAAAAAGUAGCUUGUAAAUGGGAGCAUACAAGCAUUUGCAACAAAUAUUAAAAUAGAGGCUCACAGCGGCAUAAGCUGGACUUUGUCGCCACUAGAUGACAAGAUGUUAUAACUAAGUUAAACCACAUCUGUGUAUCUCAAGGGACUUAAUUCAGCUGUCUGUAGUGAAAAAAAUGGGAAAAAUUCAAAAGUUUCUCCUGGAAAUAAGGUAUAAUUUGUAUUUUGCAGACAAAUCAGUAAAGUUACUGGCUUUCUUAGUGA